ACACAGCAGAGAGGACCCACGAACGGCUAACGAAUGCAUGCUUGCAGACAGAAGGAAGAGAUUUACAUAGGACAAUGAUGUUCAAUUCCGUGGAUUUCGUUCGGCGAUUUGUCCUGAUGGGUGCAAGCGUCAGCGCCAAGGAUAAGAAAGGAUGGACAGCCUUACACCGUGGAGCUUGGAAAAACAACGUGGAUGAUACUCGUGUGCUGCUGGAGAAGGGUGCUGAUGUCAAUGUACAGAAUCAGGAUGGGUUGACACCUUUGCACACUGCAGCUCAGAAAAACAGUGUGGGUGUUGUUCGUGUGCUACUGGAGAAGGGCGCUGAUAUCGAUGCACAGGAUAAGAAUGGGUUGACACUUUUGCACUGUGCAGCCCAGAGUAACAGUGUGGGUGUUGUUUAUGUGCUACUGGAGAAGGGCGCUGAUAUCGAUGCACAGGAUGAGAAUGGGUUGACACUUUUGCACUGUGCAGCCCAGAGUAACAGUGUGGGUGUUGUUUAUGUGCUACUGGAGAAGGGCGCUGAUAUCGAUGCACAGGAUGAGAAUGGGUGGACAACUUUGCACUGUGCAGCCUUUGAUAACAGUGUGGAUAUUGUUCGUGUGCUGCUGGAGAAGGGCGCUGAUGCCAAUGUACAGGAUAAGAAUGGGCUGACACCUUUGCACUAUGCAGCCCUGAACAACAGUGUGGUAGUUGUUCAUGUGCUCCUGGAGAAGGGCUCUGAUAUCGAUGCACAGGAUAAGGACGGGAGGACCGCUUUGCGCAUCGCGUCAGAGUUAAACCAUGUGGGCGUUGUUGUUCUGCUGGUAAAGAAGGCUGAGGAUGCCAGUGUACAGGAUAAGAGAGGCCAGAUGUCUUUGCACAAGGCAGUAAUGGACGGUGAUAUAGACAGAGUUCGUCUACUCGUGAAGAAAGGAGUGAGUCUCACAACACAGGAUCAGGAAGGAGAAACGGCUGUUCAUUGGGCAGUGCGUAAAAAUAAUGUGGAUCUUGUCCAUCAGAUUCUAGAUCUGGGCGGUGACAUCAACAUUCAGAAUAAGGAUGGAAAGACGCCUUUGCUUUUAGCCCUGAGGGCAAACAAUCUGGAUCUUGUUCGUCUGUUGGUAGAGAGAGGCUCUGACGUUAGCGUACAGAAUGAGGAAGGAGAGAUGGUUUUGUUUUGGGCGAUGAGGACAGGUGAUUUGAACCUUUGUCGUCUGCUGAUAAAUCACAGAGCCAAUGUCAACGUACAGAAUAAGGUACGGGCUGCAUGGUUGUUUACAAGGAGAGCAUGUUGGACCAAGAACCAUAUUAAACACCUAGUUUUAUCUUCAAAUACAUGUAUCCACAAAAGUCAGAGACGGAAAGUUAUUCACUUUGAGCAUGAAUUAUAUAUAUUAUGCUACCUCUGGCGCAAACACAAUAUUACAUGAACAAAAAUGAUAUUAUAUCUUUGCAGUCUACACCUAAUUAAAGGUGAAAAGAUAAAAAAAAUUAGACCAACACUUCU